AUGAGCGAACAGGAGCAAGAUCCCAUCCUCGGAAGCAUCCCUGGGAUGAAGGUAGACGAAGAGGCCAUCGCGCUGGUUCCGUUGGGGUCUGCCUUCCGCGAUGGCGUGCUGUGCAGCAGUGCACCUAACGCUUUCAUCGAGAAACUCCUGGAACCCAUGAGCUGCCAGGCGGAGUUUCUCGUGCAUGUUUCUGCGCUGUGCGCAGAUGGUCGUCUCGCGCCAGAACAGAGCCGGCCAGCUCAGGCAAUUGCCUGUGUCGCCAACGAGAGCGUGCUUGAAGGACAAAUGCAACCCAGAUGA